AUGGCAUCAUGCGCGGCGCGACGCACGACGCUGCCUGUCACGACUAACACGCCGCGCGUCUCUUCGCUAUGCGUCAGCGACGCCAACGAUUCGCUGGACGAGGCCGCUUUUACCGCUGCUGUCGCCGUUGGCAGUGAAGCCACACUUGAAGUUUCCUCCGCCUCUAAAACCGUCUCUGAAGCCCCCGUUUGUAAGGCCUCUCUAGUACUUCGCGCGGGAACGCUGGCGGCGCGGCGAAAACUUAAAUGCGGCUCUCUGCGCCUCGACGUGUCCCUCGGGGUUGACGGUGAUCACGACGUCGCUGAUCUCGACGAUUGCUGCGACGGGAGUCGUGGCGUUGCCGGCGCGAAUGACGAUCACUUCUCCUUCGAGACGCCGCCGCAUGCGAUGCUACCGGCGGCGGCUGUGGCGUCAGCGACGUCUCCCACGGUCGCAUGGUCGUCGCGCGGGCGACAGUUCCGCAAGUCGUCCUCCGCUUCCUCCGCUCCCCUCUCCGUCGUUGACGGAAGCGCAUUGCUGGCAACGGCGGCGGCAUUGCUGGCAGCGGCGGCGUUUCCGCGAGCCGCGUCUGCCGGCGCCGCGUUUAACAAGCCCCCGCGAAGCCCGCUGGCUUCCCUCACAAUGAUCUCCCCUUCCUCUCCUCCGCUCGGCGCGCAGCAGCUCUCGCCGGACGCGGCUCGUCACGCGGACGAUCCACGUGGCGCAAUCAUCUCGCACAAGCCCCAGUGCCGCAGGCGGCAGGGCCAUCAACAUCAUCAUCACCCAGCCGAGUCACAGGAGGCUGCGCGGAAUAUGAUCGCAGCGCCACACGCAUCUGUGGCGGCAGCUGUGCGGCAGCUCUCAGUGCCACAGGCGGCUGCGCGGAAGCUCGCGGAGUUGGCCCGCGGAGGACUGCUCUCCCCUGCGACUCACAUUGCUACUACCACUGCCUCUAUUUUGACUACUAAUGAUAACCCGAGGCGCAUUGGUAGUGUUACCUGUAAGGGCUCCACUGCCCCGUCCACUCCGACUGGUCUACUAACCACCCAUACCACGAGCAGCAGCACCACAGGACGCGCUACGAGGGCUGCUGCCCCCAGUGGAGGAUCCGCUGUGACGACUCCCAUUGCCGUGGUCAGGCUGAGCAGCCGCGUGGGGUUCGUCAACUGGCGUCACCUGCCGCAUCGCCCCGGCACCGCACCGCACCCCGCGUCACCGCACUCCGCCUCCCCGGGCGCGGCAUCUAGACCGGUGGUCACUCCGUGUGGUAGCAGCAAGAGUGAUAGUAGGCGGCAGAGCUUCACCCUCAGUGACAGCCAUGGUGUUGUUGGAGCGGCAAGCUGCGGAUCUUCAGGAGUCGCCGACCAAUUAGGUGACUCUGGCGACGGAAGCGCUGUCGUCUCUGGUCCGCGGAGGGUGACUGGUUCUGGUGACGAAAUCGCAGAAAGCGGGCUGGACACGGAUGGUGGGAAAGCGGGGAGAAAUGACAAUUUCCAUAACGAAGAUGACAAUAACGAAGCCUCUAACUGGGCGACGCUUCUGAAGGAAAAGCCUCGUAACGCAGGCAGCAACAGCGGCCACCUAACAGCUGCUGCAGCAGCGGCCGCUGCUGACGACGACGAUUCCGAUGCUGAUGUGGGCGCGGACGACGCGGGGCACGAGAGCGCAACUCCCGCGAAGCUUCCUGUCCGUUUCCUCCCGCUGACGCACGACAUGGGGGACGAGGAACUCUUUUGGCGCGCAUCCAUGGUCCCCCUGCGCCGCCGCAGCCGCGCGCGCGGCGCUGGCGCGGGCGGCGGAGCGGAGGGGGAAGGAGGGGGCGGCGGAGGCGCGGGCGGAGGGGGGAGGCGCAGUAUAGGGCCAGCGAAAGUGGCGCUAUUGUUCUAUAGCGCGGGAACGAUGCCAUUUGCGCCGCUUUGGGCUAGAUGGUUAGAGGGUCAUGAGGACCGAGUGUCAGUCUAUGUGUUAACCGACGAGACGAAAAUAGACAAGUCGUUACUUCCCCCUAUUUUCCGGGGUAGAUUCGUCCCGGACAGGUCCCCUGGCGAGCCCGCUUCGGCCGAUUCGAAGACUGUUCACAUGAGCACAGUGGACGGCAUGCGUCGUCUGCUAGCGAACGCGCUUUUGGACUUUUCCAACGAGCGGUUUGUGACUAUAUGCGAGCUCUGCAUCCCUAUUCAUAACUUCACAUUCAUUUACUCGUACCUCAUCUCCCCUCAUCACUCCGCCGCCCUCCCCUCUCCCUCCGCCUUGUUUCAACCGGGGUCGCUGACUUCCUCCUCCCGGUUACAUCUCGCCGGUACGGUUCCAUCUGCGCCGCGUAGUUACAUCCCGUCGAACGACGUGUCAGGGGAGGGCGGAAAGGACCGUUUCAACCCCAACUGCUUUGAGCCGAUGCUGGGUGUGGAGCAGUGGCGGAAGGGAGGACAGUGGAUUGGACUCACACGAAGGCUGGCCGUGCAGGUCAUUUCGGACUCCAAGUUCUAUGACAAAUUCGCGGCCUGCUGUGUGCCGGUGCGAGGGGUCUUCCCUGCCUGCUUCCCCUCGGAGCACUACCUCCCCUCCAUCAUCCCCAUCCUCGUCGACCUCCCCCCUGUGGGGGACUUUGGCCCGUUUGUGGAUGAGCUUUGGGCGGGGAUAGGGGACGGGGGGGGGAUGGGGGGAGGGGGGAGGCGGUGGGGGGAGGCGGCGGGGGGAGGGGGCGUGGGGUUGCGGGGGAGCGGGGAGGAUUUGGCGAAUUGGAGCUUGGUGUUUGAGGAUUGGUGGACUCAGCCUAACUCGGGGCAUGCUUACGUGUACAACGCUACAGAGCCUAACUCGGGGCAUGCUUAUGUGUACAACGCUACAGAGCUCACCCCCGACCUCGUCUCUUUCAUGCGCCAUUGUCGCUUCGGCAACCUCUGCCAUCGCUUUGCCGGUCACUUCCACCCCUCAGCCAUGCAGCCCUUAUGCACACUGCCCCGUGUUUCCCCCAACCCUUUCCUCCCUUCCCUUCCUCUCCAGCUCACCCCUGACCUCCUCACCCCUGACCUCGUUUCUCUCAUGCGCCACUGCCACUUCGGCAACCUCUGCCAUCUCUUUGCCGGUCUCUCCCACCUCUCUGCCAUCCAAUCCUUACCCCCUGCCCCCCUUUCCCCCCCUGCCAUAUUCCCCCCAUUCUCCCCUCAGCUCACCCCUGACCUCGUUUCUCUCAUGCGCCACUGCCACUUCGGCAACCUCUGCCAUCUCUUUGCCGGCCACUUCCACCCCUCGGCCCUCUCCCGAGCGCUCUCUCUCGGACCAAAGCUCGGGUUGUGGGAGGCGAGGAGCGACGAGAGAUGA